AUGGCGGUCACGCCGGCGUUGCUGCGGUCUUCAUGUGUCUUGAGUUCGUUCUGGGCUAUCACUGCUUGUUUCGACAGUGUUGCUGACUUUGGUUGUGUUGCUGAGGAUGGUGGUGGUGGGGAUGAAGGUCGCGGUAGUGGUGCUUGCAAUUGCUGGCCCUUUUCUCUGCGGAGUUCAAUUUCUCGCAUGAGUGUUGCUGACUUUGGUUGUGUUGCUGAGGAUUUUGGUGGUGGGGAUGAAGGUCGCGGUAGUGGUGCUUGCAAUUGCUGGCCCUUUUCUCUGCGUAGUUCUAUUUCUCGCAUGAGUUUCGACAGUGUUGCUGACUUUGGUUGUGUUGCUGAGAAUGGUGGUGGUGGGGAUGAAGGUCGCGAAAUUUCUCGGCUCAACUUGGCUGCUGGCUCGCACCUACUGAAACGACCGCCAAAGAAAAGGGAGAGCCGCAAGAUUGAAAAGGUGGCUUCUGACACAACGGCUUGGCAUGUUGCUGACUUUGGUUGUGUUGCUGAGGAUUUUGGUGGUGGGGAUGAAGGUCGCGAUUGGAACCCAGUCUGUAUGAUCUGCAUUACCGUGUUUUGCAUAACCUGUGUUGCCGUGGACAUUGUGGUUUCAAUCAUGGCGGUCACGCCGGCGUUGCUGCGGUCUUCAUGUGUCUUGAGUUCGUUCCGGGUUAUCACUGCUUGUUUCGACAGUGUUGCUGACUUUGGUUGUGUUGCUGAGGAUGGUGGUGGUGGGGAUGAAGGUCGCGAAAUUUCUCGGCUCAACUUGGCUGCUGACUCGCACCUACUAAAACGACCGCCAAAGAAAUGGGAGCGCCGCAAGAUUGAAAAGGUGGCUUCUGACCCAACGGCUUGGCAUGUUGCUGACUUUGGUUGUGUUGCUGAGGAUGGUGGUGGUGGGGAUGAAGGUCGCGGUAGUGGUGCUUGCAAUUGCUGGCCCUUUUCUCUGCGUAGUUGUUCUAUUUCUCGCAUGAGUGUUGCUGACUUUGGUUGUGUUGCUGAGGAUGGUGGUGGUGGGGAUGAAGGUCGCGACAUACAGGAACACCUUUACCAGCUGCGGGAGGCUUACGACGACUUGGCUUACUACUGCAAGCUGAAGACGGCCGUAGUAAGCACCGCAGCGGGUAGUAUACAUGGUGCCAUACGUACUGCUGCUGAAGGUAGGAAAGUGUAUAGCUUCACCGGCGUACCGUACGCUGAACCACCGCUCGGAGAAUUGCGGUACAAGAAACCACAGCCGCCAACAUCAUGGGGUGGUGAAUUGCUCUACGCUACGAAGACGCCGCCAUCUUGCAUGCAAAUCAACGUGUUCUCUCCAAGGUAUCAGCUUUGGGUCCCCUAUGACAGACCGAAGAGCGAGGACUGCCUCUACCUUAACAUAUGGACACCUAAGCUGGACUCGUCAGCCCACCUACCAGUGAUGGCAUGGCUACACGGGGGAGAAUUUCAAGUUGGCUCCGCUGCAAUGUGGCUAGACGACGGCGGCAAUUUGGCUGCCCUCGGGCAGGUCGUCGUGGUCACCAUUGCCUACAGGCUUCAGUCGUACGGCUUCCUGUAUGAUGGAACAGAAAGCGCUCCAGGUAACCAAGCUUUUCAUGACCAGGUAUUGGCACUGAAGUGGGUACAAGAGAACAUCGAGGUAUUUGGAGGUGACCCACGUUCCGUCACCUUGUUCGGAUGGAGCGCUGGCGGCAUAUCAAUCGGUUUUCACCUUCUAUCUCCAGGAAGUCAGAAUCUUUUCAGGAGAGCGAUUAUCCAAAGUGCCGGUGUUACAAACAGUGAUCGUGCACAAAGCACGUCGACGAUGCUGGAUUAUACAAAACAAUUCGCAAGGACACUCGGUUGCUACAACGCAAGUUCUAAAGGAAACUUUUCCUCAGAGAGCAUAGCUUGCCUGCGAGGUCUCAAUGCAACACUGAUCGCGUCAGUUGAACAGACUUUCGUAGAUGAAGGGAGUGGUAAGUUCGAGCCGAUUUACGGAGAUGAAUUCCUGCCUAUAAGAAACAGCGAAGCUUCCUUUCCAGGAGACAAAGACGUUGUGAUUGGCCACGUGGCAAAUGAAGGAAGUAUGUUAAUUUACUCUGCCUUCAGAGAUACUUUCUCUCUUGUACUGCCACCGCGAAAUAUCAGCAAGGCUGAAAUGAUUCACUACUUAGGAAUCCUCUAUAGUACGCUACCUCUUGCGGAUGUGUUGAAGCUUCAAAGCAAGUACAUGGACAACAUUUCGGACUUUGACUAUGACCGACUGCGCGAAGCCUUUGUUGAAACGAAAAGUGACACCCAUGUGGUUUGCGGUACAUUUAUCACGGCUUCCAAACUGUCCAAUGCAACGGCCAUCGGGAGCACUGACAAUGGUGUAUACGUUUACGAAAUGGACUACGUGCUUCGCUGCAACAGAAGACGUCCAUGGUUUGGUAUGACUCAUGGAGACGACACACCUCUUGAGUUUGGGAGACCCUUUGAUGCCGACUACGGUUGCUUGGCUGACAUUCCAUUCAGUAGGAAAGUCGUCAACGUAUGGACCAACUUUGCUAAAGGAAGAGUACCAGCCGGGCCGUGCGGAUCUGAGUGGCCGAAGUUUCAACCAGAUACUAUGAAAUUUCUUAAGAUCACUGCGCAGAACAGUGAGGUCCACAGCUUUGAUCAUGAAGCACACUGUGCUUUCCUUAAAAAUCUUCAACUGUAUUAGACAGCCGACUUUUUCUCAGAAAUCAGCGUGCUCAAUGAAAUGGCAGCUAGAAAAGUUGUUUCUUUCAAAUAAUAAACA